CUUCUUCGUUCUGGGAUCAGCUCUUCAUCUGAAUCAUCUCUUCAGACUGGUCUCCGUGUUGAACUGAUUUGUCUUUUCGAUAAUCAACUUCAUGAGCAUCAUGACGCGCUCAUCUUCUUAUUUAUUACUGUUUGUGACACUUCUGUCGUUCCACGCGGCAAACGCUGCUUCUCUGAAUCAACCACAAGACGCCACCAGUCAAGGAUUUUCAGAUGAAAGAAUCACUGACAUGAAUGGAAAGGAACCAAAGCCAGGAGACAUGGUUCAGAUCCUUCGUGGCGUUUAUGAGCACUGGGGUGUUUAUAUCGGUGGAGGUUAUGUUGUUCACUUCAUAGCCAAUAGCUCCAGGCUCCUGGUGUUCUCUGGGGAGAUGGGGAUCGUCAAGAAGAACAAGCUGCGAGACCUGGUGGUCGCUUACCCGUGGAGAAUCAGCAACAGCAUGGACGACAAAUACAAACCUCGCCCAGUCGAGGACAUCGUGAAGGACGCCUGUGAGCAGGUGGGCAUGAAGAAGCCCUUCAGCCUCAUCGACUACAACUGCGAACACUUUGCCAACGAGCUUCGCUAUGGCAAGAAAAACUCGUUGCAGGUGCAGAAUGUUGGACAAACUGUCCUGGCUGCUGGUCUGGAGGCCAUCAUCUGGGUGGGAACCGUGAUCACCUCUGCGGUUCAGUCCAAAAACUAACUGGUUUAAUUACAAGCAUAUACACGCCCACAUCCAUGAUUCAGAAGAAAAUGAGCAUGAUGUCAACUUAACCUCUAUCAGGGGUUUGGAAAGCAAUUAAGGCAGGGUGGUUUGAGUUUUAAAGACUUUUUUGUUUCCAAUGUUUCUAAAUUCAACAGAAUAAUAAAAGAUACAAGUUUAACAAGGUUUUCAAAAGUGAAGGUCCUUAGAUAUCUAUAAAUGUAUAACAUACAGUCCUGAAGAGUGUAAUGUGACACUGACGUGACCUUUACAUGACCUUGAAAUCAAAAGAACUGCAGGCCUUAGAUCCUGCAGGUUGCAUCAUUAUUACAUUCUUUAUUAUUAUUUCUGUAUAUACUCCAAGCCAUGUUAAGCUGUGAUAUUUAUUUAUAUUACGGCAUCAAAAAUCCCUAAAAAGGAGUUCAAAAGAGAAAAAUCCAUAAUGAUCAGUGAGGCAUGAUGACAUCAUCCGUCACUGCUGGAGACACUUCCUGAUUUUAUGCUGUUUCUUUCCCACUAAAUGUUUAUGUUAGGAAUAAA